AUGUCCGCCAAAUUCCCUACGAGACGUCUUGGAAGAGAUGGGCCAGAGGUCUCGGCCAUUGGCUUCGGUCUAAUGGGCAUUGGCGCGACUUUGCUAAUGUUUCCCAGGGCCGACGAGGAACGUUUUGCGGUUCUUGACCGUGCUUGGGAGCUCGGCUGUACCUUUUGGGAUACGUCUGACCUCUACGGCGACAGCGAGGUGCUGAUUGGGAAAUGGUUCAAGUUGCACCCCGAAAGACGAGGCGACAUCUUCCUAGCCACCAAGUUCGGCAUCAGGGUGUCUGCCGAUGGUCUCGGUAUAGACAGCACUCCGGAAUACUGCCGACAAGCUUGCGAACAAAGCCUGCAAAAGUUGGGGAUCGACUGCAUCGACCUAUACUACAUACACCGACUUGACGAGAAGACUCCAAUCGAGAAAACAAUUCAGGAGAUGAUCAAGUUGAAGAGCGAGGGCAAGAUCAAGCAUUUCGGCAUCUCGGAAUGCAGCUCCACUUCCCUGCGUCGAGCCCAUGCGGUUCACCCGAUCUCAGUCGUGCAGGUUGAAUACAACCCGUGGGACUUGGCAAUCGAGAAUGAUGACGGAACAAACCUUCUUUCCACCUGCCGCGAGCUUGGCGUCGCCACUGUGGCCUAUUCGCCGCUUGGGCGGGGCAUCUUGACCGGUCAGAUCAGGUCCACGAAAGACUUUCCCGAAGAUGACUGUCGCCGCAUGUUUGAACGUUACAACGAGCAAAACUUCCCAAAGAACCUGGCAAUCGUUGACAAGAUAGCCGAAAUUGCCAAGACGAAGGAUGCCACACCCGGCCAGCUUGCACUUGCGUGGCUGAUGAAGCAAGGCGACGAUAUCAUUCCUAUCCCCGGCACAAAGAGGAUCAAGUACCUGGAGGAGAACAUUGGUGCGGCCCGAGUUCAGAUCACAGAUGAGGAGGAGAGGGAGAUCAGACGCAAGGUGGACGAGGCAGGCGUCGGGGGAGCUCGGACUCCUGAGGGCCUCCUCAAUGUCUUUGCAGACACGCCGUCUCUCUAA